GGACAAGAAGGCGAAAUUGCUAGUGAAUUCGGUACGCUACGAGGAGUAGCGAUUGUUUUCAGACAUGGCGAUAGGUCACCUUUACACGGUGAUUUGGUGAGCGCAACCGAAGGCAGUGCGAAUGUUGGCCUGAGUGAGUGCNNAAUUUCAUCGCAAUUCCCGCUGAAAUGA